GCCGGUGGUCGAUUUACGGCGUCGCUCUGUAGAUGUCGUGCUGCAGGCGUCCUUUACGGCAGGCGUCGCGUCCUCCCGUAGCCGGAGGUCGAGAGCUGCACCCAGAGACCUGACAAGGGCACUGCUGAAGUGCGCCAUGCCUUUCCUUGACGUGCAGAAAAAGCUGGGCAUUAGCCUAGACCGGCACCUUGUGUCCCUAAGUACUGAACAGCCCUUUAAGAAUGCUGCUCGGUGCCACGCUUUUGAAAAAGAAUGGAUAGAGUGUGCACACGGGAUCGGUGCAACCCGGGCGAAAAAAGAGUGCAAGAUAGAGUUCGAAGACUUCGAAGAAUGCUUUCUUCGGUUCAAAACGAUGAGGCGGAUGCAUGAAAUCAAGCAACAGCGGAAAAAGCUAAUAAAGGAAGGGAAAUACACCCCCCCACCUCACCAUUCGGGCAAGGGGGAGCCCAGGCCCUGAGCAGAGCAGUGGGAGCCACUUCAUGCUGUUUCCACUGGAGAGAGAGAAUGGUCAAGGAAAGUUCCUUCUUCAAGUAUGUAAAAAUAAAGAAUUACCCAAUCUGA